AUGGGCAACUGUGUGAAGUCUCCACUGAGAAACCUCUCAAAAAAGAAGAUCCACCAUGAGGACAAGACGUGCUAUAAGGCUGUCCAGACGAGCGAGGAGGGGUCAUCAGCCGGCGAGUACCAGGGCCCGCUCAUGGUGCUUGCCCAGAACUGCGCUAUGAUGCACGACCUUCUGGGGCCGGCGUGCAUCUUCCUGAGGAAGGGAUUCGCAGAAAACAGGCAGCCAGACAGAGAGCUGCGGCCAGAAGAAAUAGAAGAGCUGAGAGAGGCCUUCAAGGAGUUCGAUAAGGACAGAGAUGGCUACAUCAACUGCCGAGACCUGGGCAACUGCAUGCGCACCAUGGGCUAUAUGCCGACCGAAAUGGAAUUGAUUGAGCUCUCCCAGCAGAUCAACAUGAACCUGGGUGGCCAUGUGGAUUUCGAUGACUUUGUGGAACUGAUGGGACCAAAGCUUCUGGCAGAGACAGCAGACAUGAUUGGGGUCAAGGAGCUACGAGAUGCCUUCCGGGAGUUCGACACCAAUGGAGAUGGAGAAAUCAGCACCAACGAACUACGAGAAGCUAUGAAGAAGCUGCUUGGGCAGCAAGUGGGACACAGGGACAUUGAGGACAUCAUUCGGGAUGUAGACCUGAAUGGGGAUGGACAAGUGGAUUUUGAAGAGUUUGUCAGGAUGAUGUCCCGCUGAAGAUGGUUCCUGGGCUGAAAACGAAUCGGCAGCCGAGGGUAGAUGAGGCCCC